GGGCGGGCUGAUAGCACACAGCGCAGUAGUAGAAUAGUAGGAGCGCUACGGGAGUGUUUACAAGUCCAAUAAAACUCCAUUUGUCUUACCCGCAGACUCUCCUUGUCUCCUGCUCGUGCAUCGCCUGUCAGUUAUCUGACAGCACCAGAGACCCAUAGACCUGGAAACUAAGCCGCAGCACCGGGUUAAGAGGGCAAGAUCUGCAAAGCGAGUUAUGGAACAAGCCGAACAGCGUCUGCAGGAAAUCUUGGGACGUGCAGAGAAGUUGGGUGUUCCUCCAAGGGGGUUGGUUCGUCUUGGGGCGGUCAAGAAACUUCUGGCUAAACGUCAGCAGUCGUCACAACACGCCUUCCUCCCCGUGCUCGCCGGGAUCCUCAGCGCUACCCUUGCCCUUGUCUACUCCUUGGGGCUGCAUACUCAUUAUGGAUUCUCUCGUGCAUGGCUGAAGUGGCACCAGCUGGACGUCUACGACCAAGUGUGCACUAUCUCCAUGCCCGACCAACUGACGAAAGCAUUUCGCCCUCCUGAAGACUGUUCCAUGUGCCAAGGAAUAAACCAAGUGGAAAAGGUGUCAAAAAUAUCGCCGCACCAUUUCGAAGAAACGUAUGCCUACACAGGCCGUCCCGUUGUUGUGACUGACGCCAUGGAGAACUGGACAGCGCAGCACGUGUUCAGCUUCCAGUUUUUCAAGGAAGUGUACGAAGAGAGUCCCCUUAUGGGGUGCCAGUUCUUCCCGUAUGAGACGGAGUUCACACAGCUGCGCGAGGUGUUCAACAUGAGCCAGGACCGCGCGCACAUGAAAGACGGGACGAGACCCUGGUACAUCGGCUGGAGCAACUGUGAUGACCGCGUGGCCAGAAUAUUCAGGCAACAUUAUGGCCGACCCUAUUUUCUGCCGCCCACUGCCGAAAGCAAGAAGUUGGACUGGAUCUUCAUGGGAAGCCCCGGUUAUGGAGCCCACAUGCAUGUGGACAAUGUGGAGCACCCAUCAUGGCAGGCACAGCUAAGAGGGCGCAAGAAGUGGACUCUGGAACCGCCACCAGAGUGCUACUACCAAUGCGGACCACUUGAGGUUACUGUAGAGCCUGGAGAAAUUAUUGUGCUAGACACAAACCGAUGGUACCACAAGACCCUUAUUGUUUCGGAUGAGAUGAGCAUCACCAUUGGAGCUGAGUACGAUUAAUGGAACCCUACAAGAGCCAGGAGAUAUGAAGAGUUUUGUGUACCAAAGUGUGACACAGACUUAUUGAGAUGGAACAAGAAGAAGAAAGAAUUCCAGCUUGAAAACUUUAUAAUGUAACAACAUGUUGUCACUGUAGUACUGCUCUGAAAGUAUGAUAUGUCAUCAUAUCAAUGUGAUAUUGUAUUUUCAUUGUCUCCUUAAUUUACUUCAUGUUUAAAUGAAAUGGAAAAUUAAAACUUAAAUAUAUAGAUAAUGAUUUAUUCUUAUAAUGAGUAAAAGAAAAUUUCACACUGUUUCUUUUCAUGAAAUUGUAAAAAUUGUUAACUGUUGAACACAUGUCCUUAUUGUUGUUUGUAAUCAGUUUAUUUACCUGAUGCACAGUAAAGGAUAACAGGACCUGAACUUUUAAUAUAUCAGUCUUGUAAAGAUGCUGCAGAAGGUACAGCAGAAUUCAUUGCUUUGAACAGAUUAUUGAUAUUUUAUAUAAUGUAGUGUGCUUUGGUGAAGUUUGUAAGUGAAAGUUCAUAAAAAACAUAAGAUUUAAUAAGAGUUUGUUGAUGGCCUUUCUCUUAGUUUUCUAAUGUAACAUGAAAUUUAAAAUAAUAUUACAUUUUAGCAUUAUGUUGCACUGCUUAAAACUUUAAUUUGAAUGGGAAAUCUUGAAGGUGAAACUUCUUCUAAUGCUGACAGACUGCUGUAUGCUACAUUGCAACUAUUUUCUAUAGAAGUUACUUCUAUGACAUAUUUCCACCUUAUACUUUCAUCACCAGGUUGAUACUUUUAUGUAAUUGCUUGCACCAUAUUGCUUUCUGUAGUUCAAAUCUUUAAAAACUGGUUAAUACUACUUCUGAUUAUUGUUGAAAAUUCAACAGUCUUCUAAAAGUUGGUUAAAGGGAGUUCAUACUAUUGUGAAAAUUAACAAUAACCAUAGGUAAUUUUAACUAAAUUUUAGAACAUUGAACUGAUAAAAGCAAUACAUUACAGCAAUCAUAUAACCAUGUCUACUGGAUGAUGAAUUUUUAAGUUUGAAAUAUUUCAUAGAAAUAGCAUAUAUAAAAAAGUGACAACACUGUACAAGCACAAGAAAAAGUUGUGCCUCCAAGACUGUCCCUUCAAAUUAAAUUAGGAAAACUAAAAUAAUGCUGAGGUUAUGUUCCCACAGAAAAAUUCGUAAAAUUACGUGGGAAUAAAUUUCAUACUCAUAAUAUACUGAAUUUAGUAAUACCAACAUUUUUUACUCAUUGAUCCUCUAGUUCAAAAAUACUUUCUAUCAAAAGAAACUCCGUGGCCUGUUGUCCACAAGCGAACUAUAGCGAUCGAGCGACCUCCACUUGUCGGCGAAGUUAGUGCCAACUUUUGCGGAUAGAGGGUGUCGCGUGGUCAGCCAACGAAUCCCGACGUCCAUCAAUUUCGGUUUUUCUAGGCCAGAGCCGCUACUUUUCCAUUCAAGUAUCACCUCAAUUAUCCUCACGAGGCUGA